GGUACCAGCAGAUCUAUCAUGCACGCAGCAGCACACGGGAAUCGGCCUGGCAGCCUGACCAACUAGACAACAUUAACAUGAUCUUAUAUGAAACGAUCAACCGUGAAUGAAUGUCAUAUCUCCCUCUCUGGAUCUCUCACAUGUCCCUCUGUUCGUGUCGAUGUAGUUCAGCGUCACCUAGUGAGUGUCAAGUAUGGCCGACACUCUGGAAUUUAAUGAGAUUUAUCAGGAGGUCAAGGGGUCAUGGAAUGAUGGACGCCUGCGCUUCAGUAAACAGACGGUUGUUUAUAAGAACAGCAAAACAGGGAAGGUGGACAGCAUUGCUGUGCCAGAGCUGACUCAGGCACAGUGGAGACGAGUGUGUCUCGGCAACGGCAUCAAGCUGGUCACCAGCACCGGCCAUGUCUAUAAGUAUGAUGGCUUCAGAGACUCGGAUUUUGAGAAGAUACAAGAGUACUUCAAGGUCAACUACAAAGUUGAGUUGACAGACAAAGACUUGUGUGUGAAAGGCUGGAACUGGGGAACAGCGAAAUUCGGUGGCCCUCUCUUGUCGUUCGAGGUGAGCGACACCCCAGCGUUUGAGAUCCCCCUCGCCAGUGUCUCCCAAUGCACUACGGGUAAGAAUGAGGUCACCUUGGAGUUCCAUCAGAACGACGAUGCUGAGGUCUCUCUCAUGGAGGUCCGCUUCUAUGUGCCACCCAGCACAGGCGACGAUGGCAUGGACCCUGUGGAGGCGUUUGCUCAGAAUGUUCUGUCGAAGGCUGAUGUGAUCCAGGCAACUGGAGAUGCUGUCUGUAUCUUCAAGGAAUUGCAGUGCCUCACUCCCAGAGGAAGGUAUGACAUCCGUAUAUACCCCACCUUUCUGCAUUUACACGGCAAGACGUUUGAUUACAAGAUCCCCUACACCACCGUGCUGCGUCUCUUCUUGCUUCCACACAAAGAUCAGAGGCAGAUGUUCUUCGUGAUCAGCUUGGACCCUCCAAUUAAGCAAGGUCAAACCCGCUACCACUUCCUCAUCCUACUAUUCUCUAAGGAGGAAGACAUCCAUCUCACUCUCAACAUGAGCGAGGAGGAGGUGGUGAAGCGCUUCGAGGGGAAGCUCAGUAAGAGCAUGUCAGGCUCCUUGUAUGAGAUGGUGAGCAGAGUUAUGAAAGCCCUGGUCAACCGGAAAAUCACAGUGCCAGGAAACUUCAAGGGUCACUCUGGGGCUCAGUGCAUCACCUGCUCCUACAAGGCCAGCUCUGGCCUGCUCUACCCACUGGAGCGCGGCUUCAUCUACGUACACAAACCGCCCGUGCACCUGCGCUUCGAAGAGAUCUCCAGCGUCAACUUCGCACGCGGCACCACCACCACGCGCUCCUUUGACUUUGAGAUCGAGACCAAGCAGGGCUCCCAGUACACGUUCAGCAGUAUUGAAAGAGAGGAGUAUGGCAAGUUGUUUGACUUUGUCACUGCAAAGAAGCUAAGCAUCAAGAACCGGGGCUUCAAAGAGAAAAAGGGCAUGAAGGGCAAAGAUGACAUGUACAGUGAUUCAGAUGAGGACCAGCACGACGCCUACCUGGAGCGCAUGAAAGAGGAGGGCAAGAUUCGCGAGGAAGCCAAUGACAGCGACAACUCCGAGGGCGAAAGUGAUGAGUCUUUUAACCCAGGAGAGGAGGAGGAUGACAUUGCAGAAGAGUAUGACAGUAAGGCGUCCGUCAGUGACAGUGACAAGGACAGUGAGGAGGAAGCGGAGCACAAGAAGAAGCCUGCCAAGAGAGCCAAAGUGGUGAAGGAGAGGAAACCCCGUAAGAAAGAGAAAAGGUCAAAAGACAAGGGUGCCCCAAAGAGGCCCAUGAGUGCCUACAUGCUGUGGCUGAAUGCCAGCCGAGAGCGCAUCAAGGCGGAGAACCCCGGCAUCUCCAUCACGGAGAUUUCCAAGAAGGCUGGCGAGAUGUGGAAGCAGAUUGGCAAAGAUCAGAAACAGGAGUGGGAGGGCAAAGCUGAGGAGGCCAAGAAGGACUAUGAAAGAGCCAUGAGGGUGUACAGAGAGAGUGGUGGCGGAUCCCCCAGCACCUACAGAAAAGAGAGGAAGAGGAAGGGAGGAAAGAGUGAUGACAAGACAAAGAGAAGGUCAGGAGUUCGGGAGAAAGAGAGAGAGCGUGCCACAGGCAACGACAGCUUUAAGAGCCGUGAGUUUAUCUCCAGCGAGGACAGCUCGUCAGAAUCGGACCACGGCAAGAAGAGCCGCAAGCGCAAGGGAGGCUCUGAUGAUGAUGAUGAGGAGGAGGAGGUGGCCACCACCCCACCAAGCUCAGAGGAAUCCGGCUCAGACUGAAAGAUUUUCCUAACAGAGUGUCAGACGGUGGGAAAGGAAGCCGAAUGUGUGUGUGUGUGUGUGUGUGUGUGUGUGUGUACAGACAUAAACUCUGCUGCAGAGUGUGUGUUACUCUUUGAGUUUCACAUGGUAUCUCAGUCAUGGUCCUGUCACUAGAAGAAGAAUUAGGUUGUAAGUUGUAUAUUACUUCACAGCAAAAGCACUUUCAAGAAUGUUUUUACAAUCUUAUGACAAGUAGCUUGUGUAUUGUCUUUCUUUUUCUUUCUUUCUCUUUCUGAUUAUAUAUCGAUCUGUCUUUCUGUCUCUCUAAUUUGAAAAGGUCUUUUAUGGACUAGUUCAGAGACUCAUAAAAGGUUUGCAAGCAAAUAUGUAAUAUAAAGGACUGGUAGUAUUUUAAGUUAAGUUAAAUUACUUUGUUAUUUCUUAAUCAUUAAUGGUCCAAGCACCACAGCUCCUGCUGGUUGGAAAUUUGGACAUUUCAGUUUGGAAUUUGUAAUUUUCAGGUUGGAAAUUUCACUCACUCAGAUACAAGAAUAUGGGGUACUGCACCCAUAGGUGGUGCUAUAAUUAUCAAAAUAACACUUUUGCACAGAUCUCAAAAACAGCUUGGCCUAGAGCCAAAUGUUUUUCAUUGAAGUCAUCCUCAUUUUUGCUACACUGUUGUCCAGCUCUAGAAAUGUUUUCGGGCUGAAGGUCGUACAUUUGAUUCCUUGCAUAGGCACUCGCAUUGUUACCUAACAAGACUGUGGUGUGACAUGCGGCAUGGAAUUUGGAUUAAUUCCUAAUCUACACCUUGUAAUCCUAGGACUUUCUAAAAGGCUGUUACCACACACUGUUAUCGUUAAAAAUAAAUAAAAACAAAAUUACA